CUCUAACGGUUAGUCAGUCAAAAAGUUACAUCCGUUGAAAGUGGGUCGGUUGGUGGUUCGGACCCAGCUGCAAUGGCACCUCCCAUCUGUGACAUUUCAUUCGACAACUCGCAUGGGGUAUUCUUUGCCGGUCAGACUCUCGCCGGUCAGGUGGAGAUCACAGUGCCAAAGGCGAAGAAAGUGAAGAGCGUCUUUUUGAAGAUUACCGGUCAGAGCUGCGUGCGAUGGUCGGAAAGUGUCGGCACAGGGACCAGUGUACAUUAUGGUGCCCGGGAAGAGUACGUUACUUAUUUGGAGAAGUUUUUGGAUAGUGAGGAGGGUGGUGAAGUUGAGCUGAAGGAGGGAACACAUAACCACAAGUUCUCAUACAAACUUCCACCGGAUUGUCCCACAUCGUUUGAAGGUGAUUUCGGUUACAUACGUUAUACGGUGCGAAUAGUGUUUGAACGACCAUGGAAGUACGAUCUAACAUACAAGAUAGCAUUUACGGUGGUAAACCAGUUGGAUUUGAAUAAGAUUUCGCCACCUUUGAACGUUGCCACCGUGCAGGAGAACCUGAAGCAGUUCGGCUGUGGACUUUGCAGAUCGGCCCCAAUGAUUAUGACUGUGUGCAUUCCAAUGACCGGCUAUGUUCCGGGACAAUUGAUUUCGGUUGUGGUCGAUGUUAUGAACAAAAGUACUAAGGAUAUAAGUGAACUCAAGAUAAAAUUGCGCCGGCAGGUCAAAUACUUCAGCCACUCUACAUCUGGGAAAAGUAAAAGCGUGCUUUCAACGCUAGUAAAAUAUCAAUGCGGUGGCGUAGAUCGUAACAAAUCGGCAGGAUACGAACGGAGACUGUUGGUUCCACCCGAGCCACCAUCCCGCACGACCAGCAUAAUCCAAAUUGAGUACUUCAUCGAAGUCGUUGCAAAAAUUCCGGGCCUGUAUGGAUGCCCUCGAGUGAAGAUUCCGAUCGUGAUCGGUACGGUCCCAUUGGCCAAUCUCGAUAAAUCUCAAGCGCAAUCUUCAGUUGUCGAUGGAAGGGCGGCCAGUUCCAGGUCGAGUAAUAACCUUUCGACCCAGUUCCUGUCCACCAGUGUUCAAUCGUUGAAAAUGCCCCACAGCUUCGAGGAAUCGACGACCAGAGCAGCGGUCGACAUCCAGGAGGAGGACGAACACCAAACGCUGGGAGCGAAACCUUUCACCCCACGCUAUCCGGUCUACAAGUUCGACGGUAACGAAACAGUUAGAAGUCGACCCAGCUGAAAGAACACCAAAGUUAGCAAGCCUAAUGGAAUAUGUAGUGACGUAGCGUGCCGAUUGUCGCCACUUAUCAGAACCGAAAGGAAAACAGCAACACCUACAUGAUACAAAUUGCACCGCACUGCCGCCGGAGUGUUGUUGGUUCUUAUCGGCAAAAAGCGAGGGCAAAUUGUUUGGCAAUGAAAUACUGUCACCGGUGCAAGCUGUUUCGAAAUUGGCGGGCGGUUUAAGGUGCGUCAGUCAGGCAUUACAACAUUCAGUUGAAAGUGAGAGCGUUAAGUAGGAUUUGUAGCCGGUGAUUUUGUUUUUUUAUGAACGACGAAUGAAAACUUCCCUUCUGAUGAUUCGUGAAGAAAUAGCUCAUUUUACCAAUAAAUGCUAAAAAUGUUCUCUUCUUAGUUUAA